UGAGUGUAAGACAUAAAUUACUUAAAAACCCAGGGCAUUAGUUAAAGUAUACAGUGGGAACUUAUCGCAAAUUUGAAACGUGUUUUCAACAACGUAAAAAUAUGCAUGCGCUGUGGGUAUCCCGGUGUGGAUGAAGCAACAAGACAAAUUUAUCCCGCGUGCAAGCCUACUCGUGCUAUUGUGCUUAAGCAAAAUGCUGUAGCUUUAAUUUUGUUGAUGAAGCGAAAGAGCGAAGGGUUUUUGGAUCCAAUUUGGCUAUGCAAAGUGAGGGUAAAUCAGGUUUGUCAAACAGCGCAAACUUUAAAGUGCUCACAUUAAAAGAAAUAUCGUCUCGUAAGAGUGCGAUCU